UAAUUCCUAAAGAGUAUAACAGCUACUAUGCCUACAUGAAUUCAUCAGUAUAAAGGAGAAAAAGUGAUUAUAGUGAAAAUUUCUACAGUUCGUGAGCAUGAAAUGCAAGAGCCGCUCUUACACGUGGAAGAAAGAGGAAUACACUGAGAAUCAAAACAGAUGAUAGAAAGAAUGUUUCCCAGACAAUAACCACAAACAGUAGGGUUGUUGUGCCGACUGAAGUUGCAAAAACGUUGGCAAAGAAUCCUGUUACAGUGGAAAAGUAGACAAACACAUUCACUCCCGAAUUGGUGUAGUUUCUUUUCCGAAUACGCCUGUUUAGUAUUGACAGUACCACCAAAGAGAGUCCCAAGAUAACCUGAAUAGUGAUUACAAUAUGAUCAAAUAUUAUUGCAGUUUCAGAGCUACAUUCAAACUGAAUCAGAAGAACAGGUUCCUGUGAUCCAUCAUAUGACUCCACUACAUCCACCAUUUUAAACAAUUCAAACGGUGGAUCAGUCAGUAUCCAGUACAGUUUUAUCAAACAGUUGAGUCCAAGUAUCCCACCGACAAAGCAGACAAGGCAUUCAUCUGAAAGAAAGCGAAGUUUUUUCUGAAAAUGGUUGAAUAUGAUGUAGAUCCUCCAGCUCUGGACCACGAGUGAGCUGAGUAUUAGUGUGUACCCAGCAGAUACAUUCCAGUUGGUGACAUAACAGAACAUGCCAUACACAAUGAAAUGGUUCCGAGACAAUGGAUCAAAGAGAGAGACAACGCACUUUGACGCGACGAGAACAAGAAUGAAAGCCAGGAACAUCACGAGGUAACAUCCGGAGAAAAUGAGCUGGGACAGUCUUGGACUAGACGCUCUUAUUGGACUGGAGUUGAAGUGACAGAUGUAGAGAAUAUGAAGAGUAGACAAGAAUCCUGUGCACAGUAAAAUCAGAACCAAAAUCACAACACUAACUGCUGGGUGAAUGUAUGUCUGCACGAUCUUGAAAGAACUCGGUACGAACUCUGCAGCUGGGUAAACAAGCAGCCCACUUGCGUCAUAUGACCCAAUAAGAGAGGAAGCUGCAGUGGCAUUUGAUUGGUUGUAUGCUAUCUGGUACAUGUCCACGGUGGUGGCAGUGUCACGAGUUUCAUUCCUAAACGAAAUUCUCCCCGUGAGACCCUCGAAAUCGAGUAAACUAAGCUGAUGUCUUAUAAGAGCUGUUGCACGUGGAUUUCCAUACCUAUACUCAGAUAAGGUCAAGUUUUCCUGACGUAAAAGGUCGGGCUCUGCUCGAGUGAGGGAAAGAGCCAUUGCCCACACGGCAUCGUAGUAGAGAGGAGCCCAAUCUUCAGCUGUCGGUGCAUACUGAUCCCGAGUUAGGUUAACCUCCUCCAAAUGAUCAGAGAGCUGUUUUUGAUAAGCUACAUAGAAAUCCCGCAGAGUCAACCCCACAUCCGUUUCAGCCGAGGCAUUUUCCCUCUUGAGACGAAAAAGAUUUAAAAUCACCCCGUCGGUAGAUUGCAUCAUUUGCUGUUUGGAACACGAGUAGGCUUUGCCUGCAUAUGAGAAGGCCACAUCUUGCCAGAGCUGAUCCACCGUUCUGUCGUGAAAUAUCCACUGGUAGACUGGGUAACCCAGAGGUGGUUGAAAGUGGUAGGCCAGGCAGAGAAUGUUGCGUGCCAGCUCAGCCCCGACAAACACAAAAAUUAUCCUAUAGUUCAGAUAGAUAUCAGCUAGAGGGACGUUAUUCUCGGAAACCGGUGAGAUGUAGCUGACAUUGACUGUGUCAUAGAACUCGUGAAACGUUGAAAGAAAAUACUUUCUGUUUGGAUCGUACAGGGCGGCUACAUUGUCCCAUCCGUUGUACUGCAUCAGCUCACGAUACAGCCUCACGUACUCCACGGACGAGCUCAGUAGGCGGUAAGUGUUUGGGUAGAAAACGGACACCAGUUCUGGCGAAGUAGCCGAAGGAGAGACGUGCAGCAAACUGCUGGCAUCUCUCCUCAGCAGACCUCCGACGGCAGUGGCGGCCCCUGAACACGCGGGACCUACUAUUCCUACAGCAGCACAGCCCACUGUCGGAAACACGGUCCGUGCAAGGGAGAUAACUGCCUUAGACCCAACGUCACAGCCCGAGUCUCCCUCCAGCAAACGGAGCGUGUACACUGGGAGAAUGUCAGUUCUGUUGUUGAUGGUCUCCGCCGCCAACCUAGCAGCGGGAAUGAGCGCCGGUCCUCCGUCCCAGCCCGGUAAGAGGUUGACUCCCCCAGUAUGGUCAGGAUAGGGUCCUAGGAUUACCAGGCAAAGCUCUUCUCUCAGGCCUGUCACCCCCGUACCAAACAAGGCAAGGAGGAACCAGAGAACGUCCAUUAUUUCAGGGCAUGUAUAUAGGAUUGCGCGGAGCCCAGCGCGCAGAUUUUUACGCAUGAGCAGUCUUCCGCUCACGUGAAAUACGCCAGAGACUACACACUCGGGCUGCAGCGAUGGAUGUAAUCAGACAGCUAGAACAGGAGACCGUGAAGGUUUUUAAAAGUGUGGAAGAAACCGGCCGUGAGCUUGGUAAGGGUUCCUUUGGGACGGUAGUGGAGUUGAAAAUCAAGGGAGGAGCGGGGAAGUUCGCCGGGAAGAAGAUACACGAAGUGCUUGUCACCAAUAACGAUACCACUCUUUUGGCAAAGGAGUGCAAAGUUAUGUCAGCACUACAGCACCCAAAUAUCGCCAGGUUUUGCGGCGUCUGCCGACUUUCGUCCAGCAAUAUUCCAGUACUGGUCAUGGAGCUAAUGCAUCAGAGCCUGGAAGACGCCAUUGAAAGCAAAGCGACCCACCUCGAGUACAACACCGCGCUGUCGAUCCUCGUUGACGUAGCAAAUGGUCUCGCGUACUUGCACUGCUACACCCCAAGGGUUUAUCACCGCGACCUAACAGCUCGUAACGUGCUACUUGAUCAGCGCAUGAAGGCCAAAAUAACGGAUUUUGGUAAUUCCAAGAUCAUUCAUCCUUCAAAAUUAGGUGCUACUAUGACCCAAGCCCCUGGCACCAUGGUCUACAUGCCUCCUGAGGCAUUUGGUGCUAAAUCCAAAUACAGCGACCGCUUGGAUAUAUUUUCCUUUGGUCAUCUUGCUCUCUACGCAAUGAUACUACAGUUUCCAAUGGGACUCUUGCCCCCAACAUACAGCAAUGCAGAAGGCAGUCUGGUAGCAAGAAGUGAAGUGGAGCGCCGACAGGAGUAUAUGGCAAUGCUCAGUGUUGUGCUACCUACACCAGACCACUACAUGUACCAACUGAUAGAGCAGUGCCUUCACAACGAGCCAACUAAGCGGCCUUCAGCUGUGGAACUGCUGUUUCUGGCUACAGGAAGUAUCAAGAGUCGAGCACAAAGAUUUCGAAGACUCGAUGACUGAAGGUUGUGACGCCAUAAAGGUUGAAAGGGUUACAAAAUCUCUCCAGGGAAUGCAAGCAUACAUCAACAAACGCCCUGCAGAGGUUGAAGAGUGCGAGAAGCGACCACAAGCAAAAUUUAAUAAUAAGAUGGGGCUGAUUGAAAAGCGGUCGGUGAGAAUGUUGAGAGGAGGUUGGAAAGCUUACCAGUUUACAGUGGACUACAACAGCUGCACUUUCCAUUAUACGCGACUGAAUGUAAGUAUACUGUGUGAAUCUCGUAUAACUCUUGUUUUACUACUUUCCCACUACACAUGUAGCUGCUUGGUAAGCAUACCUGGAUACAUUGAAAGAUGGAGCUCUGCCAAUAUUAUUUAGUUGCAUGGUGUGGCCAAGUCAGGCACUUAGCUAUAUUGGGAGAAUUUUCUUGCAGCAAUUUUUUGUGCAUGCAUUGUGGUGUCAUGCCAUUUGGGCCUAGUACUGUACUUCGACUGGGCGACAUUACAGAAGUUAAAGAGCUGGAUGUAGAAGAAUCCACAUAUCCCUUCGAGGUAUAUUUCAAGGGGAGCAAUUUACCUUGGAUACUCAGGACCUACUCCGAGGCCGAAAGAAGAGAGUGGAAGGAAGCACUGGAGUGCAAAAUAUCCAUUGGUGACGUAUCAUCUCCCAGGAUGACGGCAGAAAAGCUUCAAGCAGAAGUUGAAGAACAGAGCCAAUCACUGGGUGCAAAUGAAAAGCAAGAAGAUACCGACAACUCGUUCCAAACGAAGUUAGAAUCAGCUGCGUCAGGUCACACUGAAAACGAUCGGAUGCUUGCCAAACAGCUGGACGAAGCUGAAGCAUCGGAAGAAGACAUGUCAGAGCAUAUAUAUGUAGAGCUCCCUGAGACGACAACUCCAACAGUGAAGGUUAUACCUCCCUCACCCAAACCACGGAAGACGGGAAAUGAGUCCCCCUCACCAAAGCCAAGGCAAACGGGAAAUGAAUCGACCAGAGAGUUGCCGAUAAAAGAAGGGUUUCUAUCGGAAAAGAGAGAAUUCCUCGCUGAAUCCCCGACACCUCCACAUCACAAAAAGUCAGAUAAAGAGAGUGAAUUGCCAGUGAGAAGACACCCAGAGCAAAUACUAAAAUCAAGCCUCAGUGCACCACAGGAAGAUGAUGCAGACUCUCACCUGUACGAACCAGUAGAUUGGACAAAACAUGCCGAGGGGAAAGAGGCUGCAUUUCUACCGCGCCCCAGAGGAAUGAAAAGUAACGCAUCAGUUCCUCAACUAGCGCAGCGAGAAACUCACAGCGAAGAAAACAUUUACGAAAGCCCAUUCCUUGGCCCCGACACACAACCAUCAGGUCUCUCAUUUCAUCCUGCAUCAGAUAGGAGAGCCACUGGCUACCAGCACGACAAUGAAGCCGAAGAAGAUGUAUACGUAUAUAUCCCAGAGGUUUCACUGGCGUUGCCACAACCUCCUGCAGUUACGAUCGAACCUCCCUCACCCAGACCACGGCGAAGAACGGAGCCUACAGAUGAGUUGAAGUAUCUAUCAGUGAAGACGCGACUUCCGCCAGAGGAGAGGCAAGUCCAACCUAAUCAACCAAAGGGUAGGAGAGGGUCCCCUGCAAAUCAACGAAAGACUACACCUCGUGCUCAUCCUAGAUUGACUCAGGUGAAAUCAGUGCCAAUAGAUCAACACAUGUAUGAACCAGUGAAUACGAUGCAACCUGAGGGUCUGCAGAUUCUCCCGAAAGAGGCACCAAGUGCCACAAUCACAUUGCCUGAUACACCACCGCAUCCACCGAAAAAGGCUCUAUAUUUAAACCUACCUCCGGCAAGAAAGAGCUCGGAAUCCUCGAAGGUUGCACCGCCCGUGUCACCCAAGCCGAGGCUACCUAGGCCACCCUCACCUGUGAUGUCCCAACGCCAAACACUUUCACCGACUAAGGAAUAUGCCCCAAACCCAAAGCCACGCCAAAGAAACCAACCACCAUCUCCAGUCCUUCAAUCACCAGCCGAAAAACGUUUACCCGUCACGUCGACAGAGCUCCUUCAUUCUGUACCAGGAACAGGUGAUAGGGUUUACGAGGUUGUAGACCCAGAGCUGGUUGCUGAACCUCUGCCAGCACCUCUGCAAAGGCAGCCACCCAUUCCACCACAAAGAAAGAAAAAAUUCACUUGUGAGUUAGCUAACUAAUGUAAUACACUAUUCACAACCUUUGGCUGACACAUUCUAAAUGGUGGCUAUGUUUAUAACUUCAGUCAUGACAGAGAGUCAGACUACAUGUUCCAUUGUUGAGCAACACCAUGGAGAAGAGACAUGUGCUGAUCUCGAAAACCUGCAGAAGAAAGCCCUCUCAAUCCCCCUUUCAUCAAUUUCAGACAUUAAAAAGAUUGGUGAAGGUCAGUUUGGAGAGGUGUACGGAGCCAAGAUGGGCAAAACCACUGUUGCUCUCAAGAUUGUGAGGAGGUUUUCGUCACAGAAGGUGAUGGACCAGUUUGAGGAUGAAAUGAGCAUCAUGAGCCAAGUUUACCACCACAACAUUGUGAGGGUCCAUGGAAUACUCAGAGAAGGGCCUAACUCUCCAGCCCUUGUGAUGGAGUUUCUACCACAUGGAGACUUGAAAACAUUUCUCACUAGAAAGAAACAACCCACCGAGUUCCUGAUUAAAUGUAUGACUGACGUGGCAAUGGGGAUGCACUACCUUUGUGAGAGAGGAUUGAUCCAUCGUGAUCUUGCUGCCCGCAAUAUCCUACUUGACGAAAACAAGACAUGCAAAGUGUCCGAUUUUGGACUGCUUAGAGAAGUUCCCAAGGACAAGAGCAUAUAUAUAGCACAGGGUGAUAGUCUCUCACCUAUACGUUGGAUGGCACCCGAGAGCAUUUCUGACAAUACCUUCACUCCUGCCACGGACGUAUGGAGCUAUGGAAUACUGCAGUGGGAAAUGUUCUUCCCUGAUAGAAACCCCUACCACGACAUGGACAACACACAGGUGGUGGCAAAAGUGGUGACGGGUUAUCGAAUGCCCCUACCAAAAGAGUGUCCAGAACUAGUGGGAAAGAUCAUGAUGGCUUGCUGGCAACAUGACCCCAGGAGUAGGCCCAACUUCAAGCUCAUUACCAGCCUUCUCAUUCACCGUGAUCGAGUAGCAAUGUAGUAAUGACUAACUUAUCUUUGCUUAGCAGCAUGUAUUAAAAUGAGAGUAGUUUCAGUUA